CGUCGACGUCGCUGUGAAUUUUAAUUGUUCUGAUUUGAAUAUAACAACGCCAGCACGCGACUUUUGAACCGAUUGAUUCGCACAAAAAACACAAUAACGCUGUCUUAAUAACUUUCAAGUAUCGAUGGCUCGCCUUAACCGAGAAGAUCGAAAUUUUACAGGAUCGCUGCCAGAUUUAAAAGCCUCUGUUAAGGCUACCGAACACCAAACGAAAGUGAUCGACAGAAAAAUAUUUAUUGUUGAAACACAUUUUCCCAAGGUGGCAGCGAUGCUUCAACGCUACGCAGUAGGAACAGCCAAAUUACGAAACAAGGGCGACGAGCUGGCCAAAACAAUAGCGGCCUAUGCGGAAGAAGAAUCUCCUUCAUUGAAGCAAGCCCUUACAACUAUGUCUGAAUGUUUGUCCGCCAUUCAGGAUCAACGAGACGCAGAGGUUAGUAAAAUAGAAGAGAAACUCGUUCAAGGACUCAGCGUGUACGACACGAAAUGCAAGCAGGCUAGGAACGACGUGAGGGUUAGUUCGUCUCUGUCUACAAGGGAGGUGAAGUCAUUCGAGAACCUCGAAAAAGCGCAGAUGAAAUCCACUGAUCGAACGCGGAUCGCCAGGGCUCAGGCUGAAUUUCAGAAGGCGUCUGGCGAAGCGAACCGAUCACUGAGGGUUUUACGCGAGCAGAUGAACGAGUUCGAAAGUCAAAAAAUGCGGGACGUGAAGCAGAUUUUUUCGGGGUUUGUGGUGUGCGAGAUGGAGCUGUUAGCCCGGUCAAUGGAGCUGUAUACCCGCGCGUAUCAAGGUUUGAUGAAUAUUAUCGAAGAGGAAGAUUUAGAGGAGUUUAACAAAUCCAUGACUUUAAAGCCAACCCAGUGGGGUUCAGCACCAGCUCUGUCUAAUGCCGGAAGAUAUGUAAAUCCAGGAAAUGGUAGAGAAAAUGUUUUGGAAGAAGUUGAGGACGAAAGCGACGAACUCAAUCGUACAAUGUAAACACUGAGAUUCAACGGUUCGAAGAAAAUUUCCAUUUAACUGCGCAUAAAUUAACCUUAAAGAUAUGACUUCAAAAGAUACACGUUGCCAUAUGAAGAAAAAAAUAUAAUUCAUGAUCAUAGGUUUUACUCAGAAAAAGGAGAGUAUACUUAUUCUUUGAUAGAAACUUUUGGAUUAUAUUGAAUAGAACGAUGCUAUGCUGUAAAAUUAUUUACACCUCGAAAAAAGGAAAAUGAUACGCUAAAAGAAAAGUUAAUAUAAACGACCGAAUUAUUUAUACAAGGAGCAACUAUUGGAACAAGAAAAGAAAAGUUUGCUUUACGCAAUCGUGAAGAAACAGCGAAAGUUUCUAGAAGAAAUAUUUAUUUGUUGUAAGUACCAUUAUGGAAUCUUUCAAAGACAAAGAACAGGAAAUAACGAUAUGGAGGAGUUAUAACCACUUUUGCCUUUUGAAGUCAUAUAAAUAACGGCGCCAGCGGUACACCGAGAAAAGGGGGAAAUUUUCGCGCGCUCUCGCGCAACUGCGACUCACUCACUUGUCCGACUAACUAUAAGGUGAGAGUGAUGAGGCCCAAGCCGAAAUUUUUGCGCUCCCUUUUUCUAGGCUUAAAUCGAGAAAUUUCUUAGGCCUUUUAUCCAAACUGCACGACAAUUUCUUCCAGCUUGCUCAAUCAUAGGACAUAAUAGUAUCACAUCCUAUUUAGCUUGGGUGUCACGUAUCGGUUGUCGGGCCGUCACCUCAGAUUGUUUGUUCAGAGAAAUAUAGGAAUUCACGCCAAUACACUACCACCACCCUACUGAGGAUUAUUUUGCCUUUCAUCUCACCAAGUAACACGGCAAAAAUAAAGAUUUUAGGGCAAAAGUGGCCGGGAGGAAACAAUUUUUCUUAUUAAAUCCCUCAAUG